GUCCCCGCAGGAUAUGGACAUGGAGGACGCCAUGCCCGAGCUGUCGCUGCCCGCUCGCAGUCACCUGGGCUGCCGCCCACGCAGUGAGGAUGGCGACGUCCGGGUGAGCCACGUGCUGCGCUCGUCCUCGAGCGAGGUCCCGCAGCACCUGCACGAACAGCAGCACCACAUGGAGCUGAACGCGCUGAGGUGUCUAAGCCUCAAGGUGAUGCUGUCCAACCUGUCUACAUCCGCACCCAACAGUGCCAACGCCAACGUCGCGUCCAACAAGCCCAGCUACGCAUAUCCCGGCGUGAACGACCGCGCCAAGACGGCGCUGCUGCCGAUUCGCCAGCCGUCCCUACAGAGCGUCUAGUUCUCCAGAUACACUACACGAGGCCCAUCGAGGCGUUUCCUUAACUUACUUAUCGUAAUAGUACGCUUUAUUGUAUUGG